AUUUCUUGCCCCUGGCUUGAUGUUCGCGCCCGGCGACGUCAUACCCCGCGAUAGGGAUCUUCUUCGUGCUUUGGCACUAGAAGCACCCACGUUCUUUCCACCCCAGCGGAUUACUUCUUUCAUUUCUACUACCUACCCAAGGUCCUUUGUAGGUAGACCUCGAUUUGCUCCAAUCCUCAAUCUCAAAAACAGCAUGGAAUCCUAUCUCCAACCCUUCGAGCGCCGUUUGUUCAUGGCACCGAUUUAACACCACCGAGUGAACUCUCCCAUAACUACAACCAGAAUUAAAUUCGUCAUCAUUGCAAGCAUGAGUAUUCACUCUCAAGACCAUGCACAGUUGGCGAUGGGGCUGCAGUCUUCUCAAGACAUAGCCGAUGUCGAGGCAAAUCCGCGCGCCCCUAACCCACCGGUUUCUCCGACUACGAAGGAGCCCCCUUCCCCUCCCCCUGAAACAUUCAGCACUGCUGCCAGGUUCAACUCUCGUGAGACCGUUCGGAAUCGGAUGCGACGCUCGACAACCGCUCGCUCAUAUUAUCGCGAAGACGGCGCCCACGAUCCGAAUUGGCAGCCUGGGACAGAGCCCGGCAUUGAUCCCAACCAGCCGCUUCCCGCAUACAGUACGGAAUGGAUGGCCUCGACGCCCACAGACUUACACGGGAAAAGCGAGAUUACUGUUGUGGAUUUCUCACAGCAUGAUAUGAGACAGUACGUCCUGGACAAUGACACGCUGGAGCCGUUUCUUGCGAGAGAGAAAGAGCCUUGGGUGCAAUGUAGAUGGAUCAACGUCAACGGGCUUAGCUGGGAUGCCAUCAGAAUCCUGGGUAACCAGAAGGGGCUACACAGGCUUGCAAUUGAGGAUCUGAUCAAUGCCACCAAUCGCACCAAAGUUGACUGGUACUCCGAUCAUGCGUAUAUCGUGCUGAAACUCCAGAAGCUGAUAAAGCUCAAAGAGGAUGACAGCGACUCUGAUGAUGAUAGUGAUGACGGGCAAAGUCCAUGGUUGAACGAACGCAGGGCCUCUGCGGCGAGCAGUGUCUCCCUGAGAAGACCUACUAAACGAAUGCUGGUUUUGGAAGCGUUAAAAGACCUUUUUCGUCCGAAAUCCCGGGAGGAUGACGAUCCGGAUGGACCUUCUGGAGCAAAUGUCUCCGGCUUACGACAGACUCAAUCAAAAACUUCUGUCCUUGGCGAUGCUUCAAAUGUCAGGUUAAUGCCUCGGAGCAUCCAACGCUACCGAGGUGGCCCGAACGAGGAUCGGAUAGCCUUCAUGGAGCGCCAUGCUAUCCUAGCGGCAAAGGGACUUUGUGUUACCCUAGAGCAGGUCUCGAUUUUUCUGCACGCGGAUAAUACGGUAACGUCAUUCUUCGAGACAAGUGCCGACGAUGUUGAAGGCCCGAUCGUCCGGCGCCUCAGUUCCCCAGAGACGAUGCUACGCCAGUCGUGUGAUGCUAGUAUGGUUGUGCAGGCUAUCUUGGAUGCUAUUAUUGACCUGGCCAUACCAGUGACUACAGCUUACCAGGAUGUUAUUGGUGACCUGGAGCUCGAGGUGCUGACAGAUCCAGACGUGGAUCAGUCCAAAAGUCUGUAUGUACUCACGUCUGAAAUCGCAAUUCUGCGGAAUUGCAUGCAACCAAUUGUGACUGUCAUCAACGCCCUUCGAGAUCAUCGUUCGGAACCUGUCCAUACACCUGGCCUUGGAGUCCUGAGGAAUGCUGGAACAGCGACUCCUACCAAUGACUGGGGUCCGCACAUUGGCACGGCCACCCCGAACCUCAAAAGUUUGGGUGGAUCAAGCGUCUCUAUUAGCACGAUGUGUCAUACAUACUUAGGAGAUGCUUUGGAUCAUUGUAUCACGAUUGUCGAGGGAUAUGAUCAAAUGAGACGGGCUGCGGAUAACAUGAUUGACUUGAUCUUCAAUACCAUCGGCGCCUAUCAGAACGAAAGCAUGAAGCAGCUCACCCUUGUGACCUGCUUCUACCUUCCUCUUACUUUCUUGACAGGCUACUUUGGCAUGAACUUUGAGCAGUUCUCUGCUAUCAAACAUAGUGAUUCCUAUUUUUGGAUGAUCGCGGUGCCUUUUGUAUUUGCAACGACCGCCUUCUUAAUGCGCGAUAAACUCCAGCGUUACUUGGUGUUGCUUGCCCAGAAGCGAUUGAUCACCAGCUCUAGGAGAAAUAGGCAACGGAGGAGAGCUACUAGGCGAGCAUAACCUGAUCACAACCGCGAUGAUCAGCAUUGAACUCUCACAGUUAUACGCCGAUAGAUCACCCAUCCCUAUUCAGACGACAUGUGCGAAGCCUACUGUACAUUAGAACAUCAUUGUACCUCUAUAUAUAAUACAAUAAUCGCACAUCUGAAC